AUGCCACCACUAUAUGACAAUAACAGUGCAUCAAGAAACGAGUCAGAAUCAACAACAGACCUAGAACGCCCUUCAGCUAAUGGAAAUGCCGAUCAACCCGAGUCGGUCGUAUGUGUGACCAGUGUCGAUGGAAACAAUCCUGGUGUUGAGUCUCCGUCUUUGACAACAGAUCAAGAGAGUGGAAGCGGAGGUGAUGGGCACCGAAACACCCCCAGUGUUGGCUCCACUUGA